GCGACACCAUCAUGUCCGAUACAGUGCACGCCAGCUCAUCACGCUAACUCUUUACCCUCAAAAGACUUGACGAUGCAUGGAAAUAUCGCCAGAAAAAGCUUUUCCUAAAAUUAGCGAUCGUGCUCAGCUAAAAGUGUUAUAGGUAUCAUUUUCUCUAGAGAGCUGAAAGAUAUUAUGUUCUAUGAUGGAUAAAGAUAGUGGAGAGGCUAGUGGAGGUUUGACCCGGGUCAAACGAUUCACAGUUGCAAUUCAUCCAGAAAGAAGAACGGAGGGUGACGGUGACGGCCAUAUGCUUCCGCCUCCUGAAAUAUUGUUUUCAAAUCGAUAUCCUCCACCGUUAAACGACAGUGUUAAGAUACCCGAAAAUAUUCAACUAAACACUGCAGAUGAAAGUUUAAAAGAGUUGGGAAAAAUUGAAGAAGAUUCCCAGGAAACAAAGAGUGUUAAAUGUUGGACGGAUAAAAGUAAGUUUUUUUAUUCCUUAAAAAAUAGCUACUGAACUCAAAAUAUAUGAUGAUAUUUCUAGUAAAAUUUUUGAAUGCCCAUG